GCCCAAUUCCCCUACCGGCCGGGCCGGUGUUCAGAAAUUCAUAAUAUAAAAAAUUUAAUUUUACAGGAUUAGGAUUUAAUAUUGCAGAAGAAGGGAUCUUCGGUGAGAUCGAUAACAACACCGAGCAAUCGUGACGACGAGUAAUCACUUGUGUGGAGUCAUUCAUGACUGCAUUGAUUCAAUCGACGCAUUGAACAGCUUUAAUCUUCAAGGUACACUCUCGUUAAAUGUGUUUUGUUUUUAUCUCUUUUAUGUUUUUAGUGAAAUUUGGGAGAUGAGGUUAUGUUAGAGCCUAGAGGAGAGAUUAAUUAAUGGAGAGCUGAAUCUGCGUCAAGGAAUUUGCAAAAGGAUUUGUAUGAUAAUCGUCUGUUAAAACCUGUUUCCAUCUUUCAUGUGUUGCAUUCGAUUUGGUUCGACUGAUGGUUCCUCGUUGUACAUCUUCGAUUAGUUUUGUUUUGUAAAUAAUCGCCAUUACGGAACUCAUUUGAACAUUUGGAAAGCACGACGGACCCCUCAUCUUCUGUCUUUCAGCUCCAGGAAGUAGCACGCGUUUUCGAGGCUCGAUUUGAGGCCUGAUAGGUUUUGGUUUCUAGAUUUUGAGCUACUUAUCUUUCGAUCUCCUAUUUGGAUUCGAAGCUGGUUGAAGUUUUGACUGACCAGAAACGAAAGAGCCGGAGCAAAAUCUGUAGAGGAUAAAAGGGGGAAAAGUGUGGAUCAGUUCAAAAAGUCUUCUCGUAACAGUGUUAUUCUCGUGAAGACUGAAGAGACACUCCUCUUUUCGUUUCUUUUUCUCUCUAGGCAUAUUGAUGUGAAGCAAAAGAUUCAACAUGGGAAAAACAUGAGUAAAGCAAGAGAGAAUUGGGAAAGGGGAAAUUUCUACUUGAGCUACCAGAUGAUUUCCCUUUCUCUUCCACUUUAAAUUCCCUCAACAAAUAAUGGCUGAUGAUCUAUGCUUCUUCAUUAAGGAUAUGCUUAUCGUUAGGCCUCCAGUAAAGAACUCCUUGGUGUUAAGAAUAAGUUUGUUAGCUUUUGUCAUGGUAUGUGGGGUUUUCAUGUGUUCAAUUGGUCUAAAGCAAAUUAGCAACUUCACAAAGGCUGGUUUCAUUGACAUUAAAGUGGUUGACAAACCUUGCGAAGUGCCAAAUGUUGAAAAAUGGGAGAGGCCUUAUGUCCAUUUCCCCAAUCCCACUACUUUUAAUCGGGCUGAAUGUGCAUGCAAUCCUGUUCGAUACUUUGUUAUCUCAUCAACACAAAGAUCCGGGAGUGGAUGGUUUGAGACAUUAUUAAAUAGUCAUAUGAAUGUAAGCUCAAAUGGUGAGAUUUUCUCAGUUAAACCAAGGAGGACAAAUAUGUCAACAAUUGUGGACACUUUGGACAAAAUUUACAAUCUUGAUUGGUUGACAAGUGCUUCCAAGAAUGAAUGCACAGCUGCAGUGGGCUUGAAGUGGAUGCUUAAUCAGGGCUUAAUGCAAAAUCAUGAAGCGAUAGUGGAAUAUUUUAAAGCUAAAGGAGUUUCAAUGAUAUUUCUUUUUAGAAGAAAUCUUCUUCGUAGAAGAAUCUCAAUACUUGCAAAUGCUUAUGACCAAAGUGCUAAACCUCUAAAUGGGAAACACAAAUCCCACGUACAUUCACACGAUGAGGCUAAAAUUCUAGCAAGUUACAAGCCCACAAUAAAUACAACACUGCUAAUCCCCGAGCUUAAACAAGCCGACAACAUGGUUAAACAAGCUUUGGAAUACUUCAAUUCCACUCGCCACAUCAUCCUUUACUACGAAGACAUUAUCAAGAACCACACUGUAUUGGAGGAUGUGCAACGUUUUUUGAGGAUACCGCAAAUGGAGCUAAAGAGUAGGCAGGUGAAGAUACAUAAAGGUCCAUUACGUGAACAGGUGGAAAAUUGGGAUGAUAUUAAAAAGGUAUUAAAUGGAACACUUUAUGAGAGCUUUCUUCAUGAGGAUUAUAAAGUUAGUUAAAAUGGUUUGUAAUUGUGUAUAUUUUGUCUUAACUAACUCAUUCUUUAUUUAUAUCCCUUUGUUUGUCAUUCGAAAAAAACCAAUAGGGUGUCUUCCCUGUUGAAAUUUUGCUCUAGGUUUUCAUUUUUCAUAUGCCUUAAUAUCAUCUCAAUCUAAUUCAACCUUUUCUUUUUUAAGAUGUUGUAGACUAUUAUUACUCUUGUAAUAGAAAACUUAGUUCCCAUUUUGUGUCGUGUAAGUUUGUUUUAUAGUAUAAAACUAGACAAACUUCUUAGAACUCUGUUUGAUGAC